AGCCACGACGCACCAGUCUUUGAGAUGGCGGCCGCUUCGACGCCCAAGGGCGGCGCGCCCAGCGUCAUGACCAAGUUCCUGGGGCUGCUGCGCAACUACCGUGAGCCCGUGACGGACGCCGAGGUGCGCGACUACUUCAAGUCCGAGGGCGGCGGCGGCGGCGGCUACGAGCAGCUGCCCGACGUCAUCAACGCGCUGCUGGGCGAGGGCAAGAUCAAGAUUUUCAAGAAAGGAAACGUGCUGUCCUACGGCAUCGUGGACGCCGAGGAGGCCGAGCGCAUCCGCGGACUCACGUUGGAGCAGCGCCUGGUGCUGCAGGAGAUCGAGCGCGCCGGCAACAAGGGCAUCUGGACGAGGGACAUCAAGUCGCACACCAACAUCCCGCAGCAAAUUGUGACCAAGACAUUGCGGCUGCUGGAGACGCGGCGUCUGGUCAAGUCGGUCAAGUCCAUCAGCAGCAAGAACAAGAAGCUCUACAUGCUGUUUGACCUGGUGCCGUCGACGGAGAUUACGGGUGGCCCGUGGUACAAUGAGCAGGAGUUCGACCACGUAUUUAUUGACACGCUCAGCACCUUCGUGUACGAAGUGAUCAAGGCCUCGGGAAUGAGCACGUUGAACGCGAUCACAGACAAGGUGCACGCCUCGGGCAUCUCCAAGGUGGCACUCGGCCCCGAGGAAAUCCGCUCCAUCAUCCAGACGCUCAUGUACGACGGCCGCGUGGAGGAAGUCCGCUCCGUGCGCCUCACGCCUGGUGCGUCUCACGAGGUCAAGUACAAGGUCUCGCAGCAGAUCACGACGUUCAACUACCUGUCGGAGACUCCGUGCGGCGUGUGUCCGGUGUUCGACCAGUGCCAGGAGGGCAACGUCAUCUCGCCGCGUUCGUGCUUGUACAUGACCAAGUGGCUGGGCCUCAAGGAGCUCGACUUCUAG